UGAACGCAGUCGGCACUCGGCAUCCUCGCCAGCUUAAAAAAAAGUUCGGCCUCCAUUUUUAAGUGUGGAGAAAAUCUGCUAUUGCCCUAAACGCAAAAUUAAAAAAAAAUGGAGAAUCCCAUAUUAGCUUUUCUCGAAUCCAAACUCUUUAAUCAACCUUCGGCUCCGAAUCCUUCUAGGGCUCCAGAACCGUUGAUGCACAAGAAUCGUUUGCAGGAGUAUACUCAAAGAUCAUCCAUACCACUCCCAGUAUAUCAAACAACUAAUGAAGGAUCUUUGCAUGCUCCAAGGUUUAGGUCAACUGUGUUAGUUGAUGGAACAAGUUACACUUCUCUGGAUACCUUUUCACAUAGAAAAGCAGCUGAACAAGAUGCUGCCAAAGUUGCACUAGAUUGUAUAACAAAGAAGAUAAAAGAUGAAGGAUGUCCUAUCAUUCGUGAGGAUACGGUAUUCUGCAAGUCUAUCUUGAAUGAAUUUGCGGUUAAGAUGAAUAUGGAAAUGCCAUCCUAUAAUACCAUUCAGUCAGAAGGAUUGAUUCCCCUUUUUGUAUCCUCUUUAGUUUUUAAUGAUGUGACUUAUAGUGGCAAAACUGGUAGGAAUAAGAAAGAGGCUGAACAAUUAGCAGCACGUGCUGCUCUCCUCUCUCUUCUCGAUGAUUCUAGGUAUGGAACAUUUCUUUCAGAGAUUAUCAAGUCCAAAGCUAAAUUGUAUGUCGCUUUAAAUAAAGUCAAGGAUUCAAGCAUUUCCCAUAUUGGCACUACACCUGCUGGAGCAAACACAUCAAUCCAUAAGAAUGAAGAGAUUGAAACUGCUGUAGUCACUAACAGUGUGCCAAAUACUGUAAUUCUACCAUCAAGCUCAGGGGCAAAACGUCCUCACCAUGUAUUCAAGAUUGAAAAAUUAGAAGAAGGUUCUGAACAUAUUGAUCUUCCAAUUGUUUUUGUGCCUACAGCUGUUGCACAGUCUUUACCUAUCGGUGAAAGCUCUUCAAGAAAGCGACGCAGGAAAAAGAAAAGGGCUAAAUUGGAUACUGAAACUCAAUAAGUUUUGGUUUGUCUUUCUCUAUGUUUUGAUUGAUGUUGUCUUUGUAAAAGAUUUCACUGUAUGUCAGUUGAUUAGUUUUGGUGUAUAUAAUUUAAUUUUCAUUAUCACUUAGAGAAUAAUGCUACUAUAUAUAACUUUGUUACACAAAGUUGCCAUUUCAUGAUACCCUUUCCUCCCUUUAAAGAAUGAUGUGUGGCUGUGCGUAGAAGCAUGUAUUGAAAUUUGCAGGUUCUUUGUUGCUGGUAUUACAUUGAAUCAA